AUGGCGGGGUCCACGGUGCUUCAGUCUGCCACCAUUGACAGAGUAACCUUGAGGAGCUCGUUCAUUGGCGAGCCCCAAUCUCUGCGUGCCACGUCAGCAGCAGCCUCCUCCCAGACCCUCAACCAGCAAGGCCUGCUAGCCGGCCGCAUUGUCUGCAAGGAGUCACGAAUCGGCCGGAAACCCAUCCCCGUGCCGGCCGGCGUGACGAUCAAACUUGACGGCCAGUCGUUAGUGGUGAAGGGGCCUAACGGCGAGCUGUCGAGGGAGUACCCGCGGGAGGUGCGGCUGAGCGAGGAGGGUGGCGUCAUCACCGUCAACCGCGCGCUCGAGACGCGGCAGGCCCGCGCCAUGCACGGACUCUUCCGCACGCUGACGGACAACAUGGUGCAGGGCGUGGCGAAGGGGUUUGAGAAGAAGCUGCAGCUGGUGGGAGUGGGGUACCGUGCCGCCGUUGACAAGACCGAUCUCGUGCUUAACCUGGGUCUCUCGCACCAGGUGCGCAUGAAGGUCCCUGAUGGCGUGGCAGUGAAGGUGGAGGAGAACACGCGCAUCACCAUCAGCGGGCGGGACAAGGUGGCGGUGGGUGACUUCUCAGCGGCGGUGCGCAAGUGGAGGGAGCCGGAGCCGUACAAGGGCAAGGGUAUCAAGUAUGCGGACGAGGUCAUUCGGCGCAAGGAGGGCAAGGUUGGCAAGAAGAAGCCUCGCUGCAUCUGUGAGAGAGAGACGACGAUGGGGAGCUCCAAGGCGAACAAAGGAAGCCGAGAGGAUUUUGGGUCGUUGAAAGGCAUGAGGGGUGACGAGACCUGCGACGCCAAUGACUCCCCAGGAAGCAGCGAGAGGAAUGAUGACGAGAUGACGAGGUUGGAAGCGCAGGUUCAGGGUUUGAAGCACAGAAUGAAGAGCAGCGAUGAAUCCGAGUCACCGCAUUCCACCGACCUCAAUUCAGCUGAAGCGGUUUCACCUUUCAAAAUGUCCGAGCUUUGUAUCUUUCUGCUGCUCAACUUCACCCCUCCUGAGUCGCACUUCGUGGUUCGGUUCCUCGUGCAGCUCAUCCCGCUGCUCCUCCCCAUCGCGCACCACCUCCUCAAACUCCUCUGUCAGUCAUGUGAGUCCGUGGCAGAGGCGUUCAAAGGAGUGCUGGAGGGUAUGGGCCGGUGGGGGGAGGAGGCGGAUAGAGCUUUGGCAGGAAGUGUUGAGGCGAUGAAGAGGUGGUGGGAUGGGGCGGAUGAGGCACUGAAAGCAUGGGGAGAGGAUGUGGGCAAGGCUGUGAAGGCGUGGGGGGAGAGCUCUGGGCAGGCAGUGCAGGAGCAUAUGGAAGAGAUGAGUAAGUGGGGCGAGAGGAAUGCGGAGGCGGUCAAAGGGAUGGGGGCGGAGAUUAAUCGAUGGGGAGAAGGUAAGGCAGAAGAGGUGAAAGCGAGUAUGGAAGGCGUGGGGGAGUGGGGAGGGGGAGUGGCGGAGGGGAUGGGAAAAGGGAUGGAUAAGUUUGGGAAAGAUGCAAGUGAGGCGUUUGAAGGGAUGGGAGAGUGGGGAGGGAGGGUGGCUAAGAAGAUGGGGGAAGGAAUGGAUAGGUUUGGAAAAGACACUGGUGAGGCGGUUCAAGGGAGUGUUGAAGGGAUGAAAAGAGGAGCGCUGGAGGAGAUGGGUGAGUGGAAGGAGGAUGUGGAGAGGGCUUUAAACGAGAGCGUUCGGGAAAUUAAGGAUUGGUGGGAUGGAGCUGAUGAGGCGGUGAGGGAGUGGGGUGGGGGGGUGCGGAAGGCAUUGCGGGCGUGGGGGAAGGAUGCUGGUCGGACAGUGAAGGAGAAGAGGGAGGAGGCGUUGGAUGCAGUGAAGGAGGGUGGGGAAGAGGCAGCAGAGGCCGUAAAGGAGCAUGUUGAUAGGGCGAGGGAUUGGGGAGAGGAAAAUGUGGAGGAGGUGAAAGGAAUUGGAAAGAAGAUUCAUCGAUGGGUUGAGGGCAAGGCCAAAGACUUGAAAUCGGAUAUGGAAGAUGUGGGGAAGGGAGGUACUAGAGUGGCAAAGAAGGUGGGGAAAAAAAUGGAUAAGAUUGGAGAAGAUGCUGGUGAGGCGGUUGAAGCGGGUAUCAAAGGGGUGAAAAGGCGGGGAAAAAGUAUAGGCGAUGCUAUCAAAGGGGGCAGACAGAUUAAGAUGCAAUGUAAAAAACCACUGCUGAACUAG